AUGGCUGCAUGUCCCGGCGCGCUGGAGCGGCGGCUUCUCCAGGCGGCGGCCGAAGGCAACCUCCAGCUCUUCAAGAGGACCGCCAGCGCGCUGGACGGCGGCAAGGGCCGCCUCAGGGACGCGGUGGAGGCCGUGACGCUCCAAGGGCGAGGCUCCGGGGCGCUGCACUUCGCCGCGCGCCGUGGGAGGAUGGCGGUGUGCGUGUACCUGGUCGAGGAGCUCCGCGUGGACGUCGACGCCACCGACGAGACAGGCUAUACACCUCUGGCUCAUGCAAUUAUUGCUGGCACUGUGGACACUUUCCAGUAUCUUCUUGAUCAUGGUGCUAAUCCAGAUAAACCUGAUGGACAAGGGUCUACGCCUCUCCAUUUGGCUGCUGCACGAGGAAAUUGUGAAAUAGUAAAAGCCUUGCUUUCAAAAGGGGUCAAUGUUGAUUCAUUGUGUGAUACUGGAACACCACUGCACACGGCUGCUUUCUGUAGGCAGGAUGGUGCUAUGAAGAUUUUGUUGGACCACCAUGCAGAUUGUAACAAGAUAUUCAACACUGUCUAUUCACCUCUUAUUGCGGCUCUCAAUGUUGGCUCUCUCAAUGUUAGCCCGCUGAAGUGUGUGAAGCUUCUGAUUAAGGCUGGCGCUGACGUGAAGGGUGUUGGCACUAUGUCCCCCUUAAUAAUUGCUGCCAACAAUGGCUUAACUGACUGUUACAAGUGCUUACUGGAGGCUGGUGCAGAUCCUGAUGUUCGUGAUGAUUUUGGCCACCUUCCAAUAGAAAUUGCUGCAUAUAAUAAUAGACGGGAAGAUGUUAAGAUCCUACUUCCAGUAACUUCACGUACUCCAUAUGUGCGAGACUGGAGCGUUGAUGGGAUAAUUCGUUGGGUGAAAUCAAUGCCAUCAGUGGAGAAUGAUCCCAUGAACCAAAUGAAUCCAGCUGAUCUCAAGUUAGAAGGAAGCAAGGCAUAUAAGAGAAAAGAUUAUGCUACUGCAGUCAAACUUUACUCUAUGGCAGCAGACCGCUGCCCUGAUGACGCAACACUGUACUCAAAUAGGAGCCUUUGCUGGCUUAAGAUGGGUGAAGGAGACCAAGCUUUGAUGGAUGCUGGAGUUUGCAAGAUUAGGCGCCCAGGUUGGGCAAAAGCCUGUUACCUGGAAGGAUCUGCUCAAAUGUUACUGAGGGACUAUGAGAAGGCGUGUGAUGCAUAUCUUGAUGGACUCAAACUGGAUCCAGCAAAUGUUGAGAUCGAGAACUCAUUACGGGAGGCUGUAAAUUGCUUGAAGACAUCUCAUGCCCCGAAAAAGUUGUAAGAAUAGUCAACUAUUAGGGGAAACCUUGCUAUUCACAGGAGCAGCACGACUGAUGCCAGUUCCCUCGGUGCGUGUGCAACGGAGUGUUGAGUUUAAAACAUAACUUGCUGUUGUAAACUAGGGUGGUUUAAUUUUUUCCAAUGCUCGAUUAGGCCGGCCAUGAAGAAUUACCAUGUUUCUUGUUUGUGCCUAGUAUGUUUAGCCUAGAAAUGCUGGACACGCAUGUGGGUCACCACAUAACAUGCACUACGUACGACCUUACUUGGUGCCAUUGAAUGCUAGUCGAUCAGUGGCGAGCGAGAUUGGAAUGGAUGCUAGUUGAUGUUUGCAUGCCCGCCCACUGGUGUGGUUUAGCCGUUUCAUGGAAUGUGCAGUGUAGUUGUGCUUUAGGAACACCCGGUGGAUAUGGAUGUGAGGCUGCUUUUGCUAUUGAGCUUGGAUUCUUGAUACUAGUAUUGCCGAUACUUUUCUACUC